GAUGGGCUUGCCAGCGUCCAGAUGAGCUUUCCAGAUCCAUUUUUCAAAGGCGUGCAGUCUCUUUUGGCGGCUUGUUGUCGGCGCCUCUUCCGGCGGACCGCCCAUCACUGUGCCUCUGGACGUACAGGUAAUCUCCUUUCUGCUCCGGUUCGAAGCGCCACCUUGGAGCACAGUCGUUUUGACGCCAGAAGAGGUCUUUUCUCGGGCUUUAUUUCCAUCAAACAACGAUGCUCUACAGCGCACAUGCUCGGCAGCUGCGGAACGGAGGCUUCGAACUUCAGUUGUAAAGCCCAGGAGCUUGUCAGACCGCCGAAACUGGACAGAAGCCGGGGAUUGCGGGCAGGUAUAUGUUGGCGAUCCCCAGGGAGCACACCAUUAUUGAGGUAUGGACCUAGGGUAGGGCUUCGGCAUCAAGGUCAAGUUUCCAAGCACAAGAAUAAUGAAAGAGGCUAAACUGGCGUGGGCGUGCACAAGUGCAGGGUAGCUGGCCACACUGGGCAGUCUGGUAAUCAAGGCCUGGGAGAAGGAGAUCACUGCGUGCAGUGUGUUGAUUGCUCCUGGGGCCUGUAGGUGAUGGGGAGCUCAGCUGUAGCAGGCUGCUAGGUGCGGACUGGCAAAUAGAGCCGGAAGGGUGCAGGAGUUCAGGUCCAAUGAAAACUGGAUAGGCGCCCCUAGUGCGGCAGUUACAGUGGAGCCGGUAGUGGGAAAUCACCACGCAGGGGCGGCAGCACAGGCAAAGCAGUCGGGAGAAAAAUAGGUGCGAGCGCCUGUAACAGAAGGAGAAAGAGCCCCAGGAAGUAAGGCAGUGGUGCCUGUUUGAUCAGAUUCUGCACGGCGCUGCAGCUGGGGAGACACACAUGCCUCUGUGUGUGCCUUUUGUCCUCUCCAAGGCCUGUUAGCCCUAAACUUCCGGGUUGAUCUGGGAGCGCCCUCCAGCUGCCGCUCGCCCACUUAUACCCAGCCCACCCCCCGAACUCCUCUUCAACCUCUUCCGCCCGAAAAAUCUUUUCCUCCCCAAAAGCUGAAGUGGUGCGUGUCUUGAUUCUUGCCGCACCUCACUGCAGCCAACACCCAUCACUCAUUCCCUCAGCUUCCCUUGUAGCCAACGCGCCGCGUCCACCUCCAGGCACCUUUUUCAGGUCGAGCCACACUCACCACCAAAACACGGACGCGCACCUAAGCUUCUCUAUCUCAAUCCACCGCCACAACCCAUCUUCCAGGCACACCCCAACCAUCACCAACAAUGGCCAAGAAGACUGCGGCACCUCAGGACCCUGAGUCGGCCACCACUCAGGUCAACAUUGCUGACUUCCAGCGAACCCGCGAUUCGGUCAUUGUCGCCCUCGCCACGCUCCAGUCUUCAGUUCAAGACCUCUCGCGCGCCUAUAUCCAACAUGCCAAUACCGUGCUGACGCCCGGCAAACACGGCUUGAACCCUAUCGACGCCAACCUCACCAGCAUCCUCACUGAUUCUGGUCUAUUGGGUGGACGACCUGCCGAGGCGGCACCAGCCCCGGUUGAGCCAGAAGGCGAUGGCAAGAAGAAGCGGAAGAGGACACCUCAUGACCCCAAUGCUCCCAAGCGUGCUCUCACCCCGUACUUCCUGUACAUGCAAAGUGCCCGUGCCACGAUUGCCAAAGAACUUGGUGAUCAGGCCAAGCCCAAGGAGGUUGCCGAUGAGGGGACUCGCAGAUGGACAGAGAUGAGCCCGGCUGAGAAGAGUGUCUGGGAUGACAAGUACCAGAAGAACCUGGCCGCUUACCGUGUCAAGAUGGCUGCAUACAAGGCGGGGCAACCAGUUCCCAGCGAUGAAGAGGCUGCAGCAAUGGUCGAGAUGGGCAAGGCCCCAGGACAUAUUGCUGGCCUUGACGCCGAGGGCGAGACGGAAGAAGAAGAGGUUGCUGCGGCUGAAACGUCACCAGAGCCAUCCCCAGAGCCCGUCAAGGAGCCCAGCCCACCCAAGUCUAAGCGUCGCAAGACCAAAGAUGCCACUCCCAGCAAACCGACUCCCGCUAAGACUGAGGCCAAGUCGCCAGAGAAGAAGACGAAGAAGACAGCCAAGAAGGAAGCGCCGUCUGCUCCCGCGUCGUCCGCUAAGAGCGAGAAGACGAGAAAAGGGAAGAAAUGAGCGCUGGCACAACGGUCACGGCUGUAUGUCUCUAGGUUGCCGACAUCAUUGGGACAGUUCGGGUUGGGCUUGGUUUUGGCAUGGGUUUUACAGGUGACCAUCACUCAUGGGGAACACAUUGGCCAUGGGUUCUAAUGAAGGCGUUCGGGAUGGUUCUUUGAGAGACACACCUACACGAUCUGCGUAUGCCCUUCGAUCCAGGCAAGUAGGUUAUUCGAUGCAGCAAUGGAGCCCAGUUUGCUUACGCAGAUGAGGUGCCUGCAUAUGUCCUUUCGGUUUGGUCGGUGUUGAUAUCCGUAUGCAAAAAGUCUGUUCAUGACCAAACUGUUCGUCUUCAACUACGUAGGUACUUGCUCGUCAGGAGGUAUCAGUAGUUUAUACAAGGAUCAUCAAUCUACAGCCAUUGACAGUAAACACGGACGCGUCUCCCACCCCAGGCGAUGAGGUUGCCAUUUCUCAUCGCAUCGGAUACGCGAGCGUCAUACCGUGUGCCACACGUCCAAAAAAUACUGUACUGUCUCUGUUUCGGGCCGCGUCGGCCCAGGGAAGAGAAUUGAACCGGGUUUCAAGUUGUCUAUCAUAUAUGCGUUGUCACUCC